AUUAACGUUAAAACAUCAUGGCCAGUAGGACAUUGCAGGCAGCAUUGGCUUCUACACAUCUUCUGUCCUUCAGGAUUUUGAUUUGCCUCCAACUGUGCUGUAGAAUUGUAUCAAUCCAGGUGCUGCACCCACACUGACAGGAAGCACUGAAGCCAUUGAUUACACUGUUAACCAGCUACAGAGAGCUAAGAGUACAGAAAGAGAGUCCAAGAUGUUGCUAACCUUGCUGAGACUCACCCUCCUUGCUUGUGCAGCAGCCUCCACUGAUAUCCACUUUGGAUUUGUGGCAACUGACAACUCUGCAGCGAUAGAGCUGAUGGCUCCACUGGAGAUUGCACUGGAUCUCAUCAAUAACAGCUCAAGUAUCCUACCUGGCUAUCAACUGAAUUUCGUGCCUUGGUUGUCAGAGUGUGACCGCACAACUUCCCUCAACCGGUUCCUGGAUGUCGUACUGGAGCAGUGCAAUGGAUCCUCCGGGGGACCAACCAUUCUGGGUGUGCUGGGAUGUGGAUGCACUGAGGCUGAUCUCCCAGUGGCCGAAAUUGUUCACCGCUGGAAUAUUCCUCAGAUAUCCUAUGCUGGAGAGUCGGCAGUGAUGAAGGAAGGAAGACGAUUCCCUAAUUAUUUCCUGCUCCAUUCAUUGGAGAACACAGGGAGGGCACUCCAGGCUCUAAUGUCUGAGUUUGGAUGGACAAGGCUGGCCGUUAUUACUGACAAUUCCACAAGAUUUAUCGAGGCUGGUCGAGCUAUCUAUUCAGUCCUAGCAGAUCAGAACAUCACUCAAAACCACACGAUUGUGGGCCCUGGCAAUAUUCAAGAGUCUUUGGAUUUGCUGAGUGAUGACUACAGAAUAUUCUUCUUGAAUACAUACAGUGAGAGUUCCAGAGAUAUUGUCUGUUACGCCAUUGAGCAAAAUUUGGAGUUUCCACGCUAUGUCUGGAUUAUCAAUGGUUGGUAUGGCAACGAUUGGUGGGUCACCACGGGAACGACGAGAUGCAGCAAUGACGCUAUUGCACAGUUUUUACAAGACUCUCGAGUACUUAUUUUGCGGCCAUAUCCGCCGUCUGAGAUCAGUAACGACCCAAUAGUCGGGGGAAUUACAAGAGCAGAGUAUUACACGCUGUACAGGGAUGCUCAACGAUCUGGUGGUGCUCGAUUCAUUCCGGAACACUCGCUAAUCUACGACUCUGUGUGGACCCUUGCUCUGGCCCUUAAUAGCACUCUAGCCAAUCAGAAUCCAGCGAGCAACUCCUGUGCCAGUGGCCUCCCCCUCGAGGACUUUACCUACGGCAGUGCCAGCUUAGGGAGAGAGUUGAGAGAUGCUGUGAGUAGGACUAACUUCAAUGGAGCCUCGGGUGAUGUCAUGUUUGAUGAGAAUGGGAUCAGAAGGCAAAUGUAUAUGUUUGUGGAACAGUACAGAAAUGGUGCCGGCUUGACUGUUGAGAUUGGGAGAGUUGACCUUCGUGUGUCUUCAGGAGUGUUCAAUUUCACGUAUGCUGCAAAUGAAAACUCGACUACAGUGUAUCCAGGAGUUACUCCAAUGGACGGUACUCCAGUGAAAGUCAUAACCUCGUUUGAGCUCUGGACUGUUGGACUUUGCUACACGCUGGCAGUCAUAGGUUUUAUCUUCACUUUCGUUUGCUUUCUCUUUAACAUCAUAUUCCGAAAGAGAAGGAUCGUACGCCUGACGAGUCCCAAUCUGAACUAUUUCAUCUUACUGGGUGCUCUCUUUGUGUACGGUACCAUCUUUAUCUUUUUAAUCCGUACAACAAGCCCUCAAGUCUACAGAAUUAGAUGUUAUGUGCAAACUUGGGCUCUAACGCUGGGCUUCAUGCUUGCAUUUGGUGCCGUGAUUGCUAAGCUGUACCGAGUGAUACACAUCUUCAAGAACCCCUCUCCUAAUAGGACAACUAUGAAGGACUGGAAACUGAUGAUUAUCAUCUUCCUCUUUGUAUGCUACGGACUGCUCCUCCUCCUUGUAAGACUGAUGGUACCUCAGUUCAGAGUGGAACCAUUUCUUGCGGUUAACAGGGACAACCCAAGCGGAUUAAAUGAGCUGGGCAUUGUGGAGAACUACUGCUCGUGGCGAUGCCUUGGUGGAGAUCCAGUCGCCUACUAUUAUCAGAUCAUCUACUACUUCGGCAUAAUGUUGGUCCUCGUACUCGCUCUAGUUUUUGCCUUUCAGACUCGGAAAGUCAAAAUUGAAGUGUUGAACGACUCAAAAUGGAUUGCAGCCAUCGUCUACUGUUCAGUGCCUGUAACGAUCGUUUUCUCUGUGCUGACUUUUGUUCUUGCGUCAUGGGUUCAUCUGAGUGGGACAAUCUUCUGUGUCGGUCUGUUUGCCCUGAGCACAAUAUUCCUGGGAUUUGUAUUUGUGCCGAAGAUGGUUGCGUUCGCUAAAGACCCCAAAGGAGAGAACAUAUUUUCUAAGAGUAGGACCAUCAGUGCUCACUCGACCAAUGGUACCCAUGGCACCAAUGGGAGGCGUCCCACCCUGGAUACCACCCUGGACAUCUCACUCAAAGUGAACGGAAACACAGAGACUGAAGUACUGUGAACACAGAUGAACAUUAUUGUACCCCCCUGAUCAUGUAAAGUAUCUCUUUUUGUACUAUUUCAAGUUUAUUUUUAGUUUUAUAGCCUCGAUUUCUUAUCUCCAUAACCCAUAACCCUGGCUACAGGCGUACCGUAUGACCAUAAAUUAUCCAACAGUCAUUAAUUCCUUGGGUAGACAAGGCCCACCACUUUCUUGAUUAUUAUAACAAAAAUUUAUUGUUUCAUAUACUGCUGACAAGAUUAAUAUACAAAUGAUAUUGAUUGUGA